AUCUUUUCCUUUUCCCAUUUUCUCAGUCAGCAAAUGGCGUCGAAAGUGGAAGUUCACGAAAUUUUUUUCCGUGAAUCAUGACUGAAGCAGUUUACGUGUUUUUCGGGCCUUAAUUUUUAGUGUUUACAAGUAUUUUUUACUAAAUCUAUUGAUAGGAAAUUUAUGUGCAGCCACACCUCGAACACCUUGCACGGAAUUUGUGCUAAAUCAUCCAACAAUAAGGGGACAAUUUCAAGAUAAAACAAUGAACGAAGAAGUGGAUGUAAAAACUCCUGAGGAGCGUCCUGCGUGGCCUCCUAUCGAAGGAAACAGUGUCCAAGUAACGUCCCCACAUCCGCAUAUGCCCAUGCCAAUGCCCACUACACCGCAAGGGCCCCCUGCGAAUCAGGGCUUCGAAUACGAACUGCCAUUCGAACUGGCCCAACAAGGAUGGAAAAAGUUUUGGUCUAAAAGGGAAAAUCGUCCCUACUUUUGGAAUAAAUUGACUGGGGAGAGUCUGUGGGAGAUGCCCCCUAUUAAGCCUCAAUUUCACCAUGUAACUGAUCCUUUGGGAAUUUCCGCGGGCAUUGCAAUACCACCACCACCACAGGCUCCUCCACCAAUACAUGUUCCUGUGUCUGUACCGCUUCCAAUUCCAAUAGGUAAAAGAAGAGCUUCUGAAGAUAUACAAGGGCCCCAAGCGAAGAAAUUCAUCCUGGCUGGUCCAUGGGACUUAGAGAUACCUACAAAUGUGAUAAUAUUUGAAAGGCCGCCCUGUAUUUUCAUGCAUUCUCAUCCCGAAAUUGAGGCUUAUAGAUGUGCGUGGCUUGCCAAAGUGAGACAGUUAUACCAAGAAUUGUGCCACUCUAGAGAAGCAAUUGAGGCUCCCAAAGAUUCUUUUAACAGGUGGUUAAUGGAGAGAAAAGUUAUUGAUACAGGAUAUGAUCCCUUGCUACCAAGUAACUGUUAUCCCGAAAUAUCCUUAUCUAUGUACAGAGAGAUUAUGAAUGACAUUCCCAUUAAACUCGUAAGGCCAAAAUUUACUGGGGACGCCAGAAAACAGCUGUCUAGAUGGGCUGAGGCUGCAAAAAAGAUUAUGGAAUCCAAAAAUGCUGAAGCCGAAAGUAGGAAAGUAGUCAAAUGGAAUGUUGACGAAACGUUUCAAUGGCUAAGAAAAACUGUAGGAGCCACUUACGAUGAUUUUCAAGAUCGGCUAGCACAUUUGAAACAACAGUGCCAACCACAUCUGACGGAAACAGUUAGAGUAUCAGUGGAAGGCAUUUGCUUGAAAUUAUACCAUUUAUCCUGUGAAUAUGCGAAAAAAGUUAGAGAAAAAUCCAAUAACAUUCUCAAGGAACAUGCUAUGGAAUUGCCGCCUCAUCCUUUUGCUUCUCAAGCCAUUAGAAAGGUGUGGUGUUAUCCUGUACAAUUUGCCAUAGGAUGUCCCCGUUUACCUGGUGUGGAUUACAUAAAUGAUAGGGAUCAAGCCAUGCUUCGAUAUCAAGGCGACACUUUAGCCAUCAAUACAUUGUACCUUCAAAAAAUGGAACACUUGUAUCGUCACAGCUGCUUUGACGAUCGCAAAUUUGAACUCUUCAUCCCCCGAGUGUGGGUAAUGUUGAAACGUUACGCCACCUUCUUGGGUGUAAAUCCAUCCCCGAAUAAUGCAAAUCUUGACAUCAGGGACACGCAACAAUCUUUGCCUGUUACUGUGUUUGAAUGUCUGAACCGAGCGUUCGGAGUUACUUUUGAAUGCUUCGCCUCACCCUUGAAUUGUUAUUUCCGUCAAUAUUGUUCAGCUUUUGCCGAUUGCGAUUCAUAUUUUGGAAGUAGAGGGCCAUUUCUCCAGCUAAAAGCUGUUUCAGGAUCAUUCGAAGCAAAUCCACCGUAUUGCGAAGAACUAAUGGAAGCUUCGGUGAAUCACAUGGAACGAUUGUUGAACGACAGUCCUGAACCUUUAAGUUUUAUCGUUUUGGUACCGGAUUAUCGGGAACCAACACCGAAUGCUCUGGUUCGACUAGAAUCCAGUCAGUUUAAAAGGAAGCAAGUUACAAUACCUGCCUAUGAACAUGAGUUUAGGCACGGCUUUCAGCACGUAUUAAACAGAACCGAACUAAACAUACGUUCCAAUUACGGUACAGUGAUAGUUUGGUUACAAAACGCUGCGGGCUAUCAUAAAUGGGAACCAACAGAGGAGAGAGUACAGGCACUUUUGGAAGCCUUCAGGCCGGGAAGGGAAAGGGAACGGGAUAGGCGGGAAUUGUUGAGUCCCACGCGACAAGGUAGCACUCCAGACAAACCCGAGGUCAUCGUUCAUUAGGAUUAAUUGCGUCAUAGUUUUAAGAAAAAGACAUUCGAUAAAGCUUGUACUUUUAUAAAGAAAUUCUUCAAUUUUGAUUUGAAGUAAGUAGGUACUGUACCAAAAAUUAACUAGAAAAAAAUCAACAAAUUUAUAAUUGUUUUGUGAAGAUUAAGGUUUAAAUAGUUGGUUUUUUGCAUUAUUCAGAAAGUUGAUUCAAUUCAGCUACAGGUGGCUGGGAAAGCAAAAAGAAAAGUUGAAUAAAACUUCUUCCCAAGACAUAUAGAAAGUUGAUUUUCUAUUCGUGGUGUUCUAUUGAAAAAUGUCUAGUUAUUAAUGGAAUAGUUCUUAUAUAUUUUGUAUUUUCGAAUCUAUUGAUUUUUGAAGUAAAUUUAUAAACGUCCCGUACUAUUGGGUGAUAAAUUUCAUAUUGAAAUAUUAAAUGGUGCAUUUUGAUUUAUCUAAAAGAGGCAUUUAUUUUCUACAAGACGUUUAUAAUGGUCUAAGUGAAUGUGCAAUUUAACAAUUAUUAUUUUUUUUGUGUUCCUUAAGCCUCAAGAAAUGUAAAAAAUACUCGUGUCGGUUAUCGUUUAUGGAGAUAAAAUAAAUCAGGAGAAAUUUACAUUUAAGCAUCACCUUCUUGAUAAAAAGUACCUGAAAAUUUCAUGUUAAAAAUCGACACAAAAAUCGUUUCGUUUUUGUAAUUAGAAUUUCUAUAGUUCAUCUCAUGUAAAUAGGAUAUUUUAUACAUAUGUAGGUAACAAUUAAUAAUUAUUUAGAAUUUAAGCAGAGUUUUAUCUUGAUAGUUUGUAGAUAGUUAAUAUAAUUUUUCCUUUAGGUUUGUCGUAAAGAAUGCCAGUUGCAUUCAUAUUUUAUUGUGUAAUGCUUUGUAAUUUCGUGGAAGAAAAAAAAAACAGAUUAGUGGACAUCUUAUCAAAAAUCACGAUCAAAUAAUAGAUUUGCUCCUGGGUUAACAUGACAAAUGCUGAUUCUUCAGAUGAGAUCAGCAAGCAAAAUAAUGCUGGCAAAAAAGCUGAAGAAAAUCUGUCUUGCCACUUUAUUUUCUUCGAUCGAGUUUACAGUAUGCCUUCCUAAGAUUUGACCCAAAUCAAAUUUCCUAACAUUAUUAUUAUCUGUUGAAUAUUGACCUUUUCACAAAUCACAACUAGUCUGGCUACAAUUCCACUACAUUUUACAACCAUUCAAAAUGCAGUGCAGCUUAUAGGUUGAAAAUAAUUUUGGUUGUGCAGAUUUGCUCUACCAAUUUAUAUAAUUUCUAAAGAUCCUAUUAGAAUGUAAACACAUUAGGUACGAAAAAGGUUUAUUGAUGUAAGGUAUUGAACCAGUGUGUCUACUGUAAGGACUUAUUAUCCCAACUUUUUUAGAAUCUCGAUUUUUGACUUUGUUUAUCUGAAUCGUUUUUUAUUGUUCUAAAAUACAGAAUGUAAAAAAUCUCUAAUAAUGGAAUUUAUGGAAUUUGCUCAAUGGAAAUUUUACAACAAAGUAGGGCAAGAGAUAAACAUUUCACAAGGGCGAUAAGUCCUUAACAUGGUCACACUGUAUAAUAUGGAUUAAUAAUUAUUGUUAUUUUGUUUUUUCUGUGUCGCUUUUAUUUUGUUACUUUGACUGCGUACCGUUUCCAAACAUGGUCGACGUUUACAGUCAGUUUUCUAAUGGUAAGCUUUUCGAUAUUAUUUAUUUUUCAUAAUCACAAUUGGGUUUCAAAGAAUCUGAUACAUCUCGUUAACCAAGGUUGGGAAUUGUACGUGCCCUAUAUCUUUUGUAAAACCAUACACUCUAAUCCAUAGCAACAGAUUUAUAACUCUAUAAAAUAUAAACAAUAAAAUUGUUAUUGAAAAUA